UAUGACCGUAAAUUCUUUCCAGCACUGUGGGACUUCCCUGUUUAUUCAAAAAACACUAUUUAAAUACCAAGUGAUGAGCAACGUGGCACCCUUGGCACAGGCUUUUCCAGCCUGAGGAGCAAGUUCCUGACCUUGUAAAUCAAGAGGGUUGGCCUUUAUCACUCGAAAGGAAUGGAAGAGGCAUUGGUAGGUGCCCAUCUGACCUACCAUCACAGUUGCAAGGGUGAUUGGGAAUCGCAUUAGCAUUUUUGAGGACAUGAGUCUGCUUCAGACUCUUUAUAAAUACACCUUGACUCAGUCACUCUAUGACUGACACCCUUGGGACAUGAAGUGGAUACUGUUCCUUGGGGCCCUUAUUGGGCUCAGCUUCUGUGGCCGAGAAAAGUUUUUUGGGGACCAAGUUUUUAGGAUUAACGUCAGAAAUGGAGACGAGAUCAGCAAACUAAGUCAGCUAGUGAACUCAGACAACUUUAAGCUCGACGUUUGGAAAGCUCCUUCCACCUUCAGUCGUCUUGUGGAUGUCCUGGUCCCAUCUGUCAGCCUGCAGCCCGUCAAAUCCUUCCUGAAGUCCCAGGGCUUAGAGUACUCAGUGACAAUCGGAGACCUGCAGGCCCUUUUAGAUCAUGAAGAUGAAGAAAUGCAACACAAUGAAGGGCAAGAGCGAAGCGGUAAUAACUUCAACUAUGGGGCCUACCAUUCCCUGGAAGCGAUUUAUCAUGAGAUGGAUAGCAUUGCUGGAGAUUUUCCUGAUCUGGCGAGCAGAGUGAAGAUUGGGCAUUCAUUUGAAAACCGGUCCAUGUAUGUACUGAAGUUCGGCACUGCAGAAGGCGGGCGGCGGCCGGCCGUUUGGCUGAACGCAGGCAUCCAUUCCCGGGAGUGGAUCUCGGUGGCCACAGCGAUCUGGACUGCGAGGAAGAUUGCAUCUGAUUACGGGAAGGACCCAACCAUCACCUCCAUCUUGGAGAAAAUGGAUAUUUUCUUGUUGCCCGUGGCCAAUCCUGACGGAUAUGUGUACACACAAACUCAAAACCGAUUAUGGAGGAAGACACGGUCCAUAAAUCCUGGAAGCCGUUGCGUUGGUACUGAUCCAAACAGAAAUUGGAAUGCUAGUUUUGCAGGAGAGGGAGCCAGUGACAACCCUUGCUCUGAAAUAUACCACGGACCCCAUGCCAAUUCGGAAGUGGAGGUGAAGUCGGUGGUAGAUUUCAUCCAAGAACAUGGGAAUUUCAAAUGCUUCAUCGACUUGCACAGCUACUCACAGCUGCUGAUGUAUCCGUAUGGAUACACAGUGAAGAAGGCCCCAGAUGCUGAUGAGCUGGACAAGGUGGCGAGGCGUGCGGCCAAAGCUCUGGCUUCCCUGUCGGGCACGACGUACCAAGUGGGUCCUACCUGCACCACUGUCUACCCAGCUAGUGGGAGCAGCGUUGACUGGGCAUACGAUAAUGGCAUCAAGUAUGCGUUCACGUUUGAGUUGAGAGAUACCGGCCACUAUGGCUUCCUCCUACCAGCCAACCAGAUCAUCCCCACUGCCGAGGAGACCUGGUUGGGGCUGAAGACCAUCAUGGAGCAUGUGCGGGACAACCUCUACUAGACGAAGAGCCCCACCCUGACCCUGUCUUCCGUCAUUUAUCCCCGCGUCUGCCUGCCCGCUAAAGCUACUACUAAAGGGAGCUUGUUCUUUCACGCAUGAGUCAGAGCCCUCUGGCUUUGUGGGGCACGCAGGGCAGCCCCUCUCCGGCCCUCAUCCCUGAAGCUCGUAUGUUCUGGCGGUGGACCUUAGAGAGGCGCUGCUGCUACCCUGCUGUGUUUUGGUCCUGCUGUUUCACUGGGCCCUUCGUAGGCCCUUCCGUUCAUGUAAUUGUCUGGGUAGGCCACACGUAGGGUCACUCCUUACUGGGUGGCAUGCCUCUACCUCAUUUUUGGAACAAAAAGACAUUGAACGUGGUUCUCUAGCCUUAUCCAAUCUAGCCUAGCUGGUGACCUUGCUCUGCUGGGGCCCCAAGAGAGGCACCAUAGGAGAGACCAUGGCUCGUCUUUGAGAUCAGUCUCUGAGAUGACACCGAGCUUCCUUUCAUUUAUCUCACUCCUUCUUGAAUAUAUUUGUCUUUGAAAAAUAAAUCUUGUAGGGCUAUCCGUGGAGGUCUUCCUCUUUUGUUUUCUUUUGUUGGUUUUUGUUUGGUUUCGGUCUGAUACAAAGUAGUGGAUCACUUCUCCUCACUGGGCCCCAAAUUCCCAGAUACAACAGUCCCGAUCACGUUCUUCCCUUUGUUAGGCGGUGGAACUGGGAUCGCAGAAGGGGAUCUGUGUCAGUGUAGGUUCCGCUCACCCAGGAACCCUUAAUGAAGGGGUGAGCUAACAGCAGGAUUGCUGAAUUACCCCCAUCUGUCCUAACGGGCUCACCUCUACUUUGCCUUUUGAACUUACUUCAAAGGUCUUGCCCUCGCCCUACAGGUCCUAAAUCACUCCUCUGGCCUGGAUAAUCUCACCACCCCGGCACAUUCCUGUUUGUGCUCUGGUGCACCUUGUGUUUCUUUUGGUCUUAAAGUCAACUUCUUCUGUUUUGCAUCCUGGGCCUUGGGCGUCAAGAUGGAGCAAGGAUUCAUCAGUCAGGCUUCUCUCGUUCCAUUCCUCCUCAGCACAUACCAUCUGUCCUUUUCCCCCCCUUUUUUUCAAACGUGUCCGUAAAUCUUAUCCUUCUGCCUAGGAUUUGUGCGGCAUCUGGUGUGUGCUCUUGGCCAAUAAAUAUUCAGUAUGAGUCUCAUGAUCACCUCCUAUUCUUCGCCUUCACCUGAAUGGAACCAUGCCAUGGUUUUGAAUAUGCAGCUCUUUCAAAUGUCAAAUGUCAAUUUUAAUCCCUGUCUGUAUCGCGUGACAUGUAGGAAGGCCUUGUCCAUCAGGCCCAGGGGCCUCCAGGGCAGUGUUACCUUGGUGAUUUUGCUCUGGUCCUGGGUCUCGUUCUUAGUUUUUCAGCUCAGAAGCUUGAUAUUCUCAGUAUCCGUGUUGAUUAGACUUGGGGAUGCUGACUCACGCCCACAGAGCUCAGAUGAGGCAGAUGAUAAAAUCAGAAUACGAAUUUAUUAAUUUACAUCAUGGCAUGUAACUGUUUAGUGGAUUGAAUCCUCACGUCGGUCUGAACAGUACAUUCUCUCCCUGUAGGCAAGAUACAUGGGAAGCCAAAUUAUAAUCAGAAGGUUGUUUAGUGAGCGGGGCGUCAGAGCAAGGAAAGUUAAUUACAGUCUAUGAUUAGAAUUUUUAAUGGUAUCCAGUUCUAAUAGCGUGAUAUAUCCAAUUCUAUAACCAGAAGACACCUGCCAGCCAGCCAGCUGGUCGCUUGUGCUGGCUAGUCAGGGCUGCCUUGGACUAGACAAUGCCCCAGUGGGCAUGACAGUGCUUGCCUCUGUGACUCGCCUAUAACCUGGCUCUAUUUAUAGACCUUCUCACCCCCAAGACUGAGAUUGUCCUUUGGAUUCCUUGAGGGAAAGAUUUCUUACACGACACAGGAAAAGCCAUAAAAAGAGUACCUGUGAGUGUAAUAAAACUAAGAGCCUCCGUUCCUUAGAAGACACCAUAAAGAAAGUGAGAAGUGAAGUUAUAAACUAGAAGGUAUUCACUAUAUUCAUAAUACAUACGACAAAGGACAUAUGAGGAACCCCUACAGAUCAAUAAGAAAAGCACAAAUAAGCAAUAGAAAAAUGGACAAAAGCAUAUGAUAA